ACUGAGCGGGACCCCGGACCAUUAGCAGACGGCCAGAGGGGGAUGCGCCCUCCCCUCCCUUCCGUCAAUGGACGAAACAAAACUGCUUGGACUUGCCUUGUUAGCGGCACAGCCUCUGAUAUAUAAGGAGCAGGCGGAGGAGCCCUCAGUCGCUGUGAGAGCCACACACACACAUAACACACAUACACCCACAUACAUACUCGCCCACCGCCUUCACCUCCUGCACCGUCCCCCUUCAUUCCUGCGCACAUCCCGGGCAGUCUGACCGGAUGAGUUACCCGGUGGACACGGUAGGGAGCCCCUUCAGGAGAGUUAUGGAUACUAGGACGACCGGCUACGGCUACAGCCGCUCCAGCGGCACCCCCUCCAGCGGCUUUCGCUCCCAGUCCUGGUCCCGGGCAAGCCCCGGCUCCACCAUGACCACGUCUUACAAGAGGAGCGUGAAUUUGCCUGUGUCCCGAGCUUACGGCUCAACGGUGCUCAGCUCCGCCGACAGCGUUGAUUAUAGUCAAACCUCCAUCCUGAACGGAGACUACAAGCGAUCUAAUGAGAAAGAGCAACUUCAAGGGCUCAAUGACCGAUUUGUUGUUUACAUUGACAAGGUGCACUACCUGGAGCAGCAGAACAAGCAGAUCGAGGCGGAGAUCCAGGCACUGCGGCAGAAGCAGGUGUCUCGCACCCAGCUGGGCGACCUCUACGACCAGGAGCUGCAGGAGCUGCGCUCCAUGCUGGAGCAGAUCCACCACGAAAAGGCGCAGAUCCAGCUCGACACCGACCACAUCGAGGAGGACAUCCAGCGGCUCAGGGACCGCUUUGACGAAGAGGCUCGCAUCCGGGAGGAGACAGAGGCCAUCAUCCGCGUCCUGAAGAAGGACUCGAGCGAGUCGGAGUUGGUGAAGUCCGAGUUGGAGAAGAAAGUUCAGUCGCUGCAGGAUGAGAUCGCCUUCAUCCGCAACAACCACGAGGAAGAGGUGAGCGACCUCAUCGCCCAGAUCCAGGCGUCUCAGGUGACCGUGGAGAGGAAAGACCUGCAGAAGGCAGACAUCACCGAAGCUCUCCGGGAGAUCCGCAGCGAGCUGGAGGGCCACUCCAACCAGAACCUGCAGCAGGUGGAGAACUGGUUCAUGUGCCGCUACGCCAAGCUCACCGAGGCUGCGGAGCAGAACAAGGACGCCAUCAAGUCCGCCCGUGAUGAGAUAUCCGACUACCGCCGCCAGCUGCAGUCCAAGACGGUGGAGUUGGAGUCUGUCCGCGGGACAAGGGACUCGCUGGAGAGGCAGCUGAACGACAUCGAGGACCGCCACAACAGCGACCUGUCCAGCCUGCAGGAGACAAUUCACCAGCUGGAUAAUGAGCUCAAGAGCACUAAAUGGGAGAUGGCUCGUCACCUGCGCGAGUACCAGGACCUGCUCAAUGUCAAGAUGGCCUUGGACAUUGAGAUUGCUGCAUACAGGAAACUCCUUGAGGGCGAGGAGACCCACUUCAGCACUUUCCCCUACCGUCAGGCCGUUACCCCAACCAAAAUCUCCAAGUCUAAAUCAGACACUACCAAGCUUAAGGUGCACCACAAGUUUGUAGAGGAGAUCAUCGAGGAGACGAGGGUGGAGGAUGACAAGUCUGACAUUGACGAAUCCCUGGCAGAGAUAGCACAAGAGCUGUCUGCCACACUUGGAGGAGAGGAGGGAGAGGAGGAAGAGGGCGAGGAGGGAGCAGAGGGUGAAGGAGAAGAGGGAGAAGGCGAAGGUGAGGAGGAAGUUGUAGCCGCCACUGAAGCCAAAGUCAGCGCUAGCGCACCUGGCGAGGAGGAAGAAGAGGAGGAGGAAGAGGGAAAAGGUGGUGAUGAGGAGGAAGAAGGGGAGGGAGAAGGUGGCGAGGAAGGAGAGAAGGAAGAGGAAGGUGAGGGAGAAGGUGAAGAUGAGGGUGAAAAGGGGGGUGAUGCAGGGGGAGGUGAUGAGGGAGAAGGAGAAGAGGGAGGAGAAGGGGAGGAGGAAGUUGAGGAGACAGUGCUGUGCUCCAAAGCUCCAGAGUCUAAAGCCUCUCCUGACAAAGAGAAGGCCGGAGACAAGGAAGGAAGCGGAGGAGAGGAGGAAGCUGGUGCUGAAGAAGAGGGUGGUGAUCAGGAUGAAGAUGCAGGCAGUGACAAAGUAUCCAAAAGCGAAGAUGAGAAGGAGGAAAAAGAGGAUGCAGACAAAGGUAAAAAGGAAGAUGAGAAGACGGUAAAAGAUGAGAAAGCGGAUGACAAAUCAGAAGAAGCUGUAGCCAAGACGGAAGCUCCCAAAACAGAAGCAGCAAAGUCCGAAGAUAAGAAGGAAGAGGCUGCCAAGACUGAAGCAUCAAAACCUGAUUCUCCCAAAUCUGAAUCCCCAAAGCCUGGAUCCCCCAAGUCUGAGUCACCUAAACCUGGAUCCCCCAAGUCUGAAUCACCUAAACCUGGCUCUCCUAAAUCUGAAUCCCCCAAGCCUGCAUCAUCUCCCAAAUCUGAGUCCCCCAAAGAAGGCUCACCAAAAGCUGGAUCCCCCAAACCAAGCUCCCCCAAAUCAGAAUCCCCGAAACCUGAAUCUCCAAAAGCUGAAUCCCCAAAGACAGAGACCGCCAAGCCUGAGGCCCCUAAAGCUGCUGAAGACAAAUCAGAGAAGAAGAGUCAAUCAACAGAUGACAAGAAGGUAGAAAAGAAGGACGUCGCCAUGAACGGCGAAUUAGACAAGAGCAGCCCAGAGGAGAAGGAGAAGAAGGACGAGGAGAAAGAAGUUGACGUGAUCGCUAACGGCGUGGACGAGAGCCCCGUCAAGGAAGACGGCAGCCAGAAGGUGGUGAUCACCAAAACCGUCGAGACGAUUACCACCGGAGAGGAUGGCUCCAAGCUCGUCACCAAAUCCGUCACUGUGACCGAAACAGUGAAGGAAGACGUGGAGGAGGUGAUGCAGGAGAAGGUCACGACCAAGAAGACGGAGAAGCACUCCACCCAGUCCAUCAAGCAGGUCACCGAGGCCGAAUGAGCGAACUCCGCGACCAGAGGAGAGGACACGAAGACAAGCAAUCAACUCAGAACUAACAUAACAAAGAAAAAUCAUACAGCUAGAGCGAUGUAAUAAAGAUAACCACUCUCAAACAUACAAAAACAAAAUCAUAGAGAGAAGCCAAAACUUAAAAAUGCUACAAAUUUCCAAACUGCAUGUUGAGUGACAGCUUUAAAUGGGCUUCGCUGCAGAUGUGGUCGGGAGCAAGUGACUGAGACAUUUUAUCCUCUUUUUCCUUUCUUUCUGCAGUUUACGGGCGAGC